GUAUGUAUUGUAUUGUAUAUAAUGGAUUUGAUGGAGGAUAUGAGGGAGGAUUUUUAUGAUAUUCGGUAUAUAAUAACAAUCACAAAUAAAAGUUAUUACAUUUCCUCACACAUUGUUCGAUAUCAAAAUCAAUUGAAACUCUUCUUCUACUACUACCCUCACAAUACCACAUACAACAACCCAAUACAACCACCAUAAAAUGUCCACAAUGGCCAAACGCGAAGCAAUCGUCAUGACCGUCGCCGCAAUCGGGGGACUCAUUGGCGCCAACGCCCUCUUCAAGCCUUCUCCUCACCACAGCAUCAAAGCGGGAAUGGAUUCGCAAUUACAUUCCUACAAUGCUCAUACGAAACCGCAUAUCGAACAAGAUCCCAUGGAUACGAUUUUUGAUCGCACGGCGUUGAUGGAGAGUGUUAAGGAUAGGAAACCGUGGAAUAAGACGUAUGCUGAGAAGGAGAGGCAUAGAUAGAUAGAUAGAUGUAUGUAUGGAUGGAGAGAGAUGGUUUGGUUAUUUGGGGGCUAAUGAGUCGUUUCGCAUGUGAGCGGGGCUUUGGGUCGGCGUUGAAAUUGGAAUUGGAAUUGGAGUUAGAUUUCUUUUCUUGAGAGAUGGAUGGGGUUAUAUGAUAGGUAAUACAAUUGAUAUAUAUAUAUUUGCUAUGUUUUGAUGAGGUACUGUUUCUUAUGUGUUCGCGAAUCUC